ACGACGUCAUACUAUCGUGCAACGAAAGAUUUUUAGGAACACGAAAGUCAAACGUGGCAGCAGUCCAUCUUUACAGAUAGUGAAUGUAUCAAAAAUUUAUUAAUCUAUCUUUAACAUAUUUGAUUUAUAUUUUCACCAGUGGUUUAAUGCUCCAAAGGCGGUCGGUUUGCCAAGCUGAAAGUGCACAAGACAUAUUCAAAGCCAGGCAUGAAUUUUGGAAGUGUAGAAUGCCAAUGAUAUCGUGAAAAUAAUAAACGUAGAGGCGCCAUUGCUACGCGCCAUCUGGAUAUCGUCAAGAAGAAGUUAUGGUAGUGAGAAAUUGGAAAAACUUUCGAAUAACGCUGUUACUUUUCGUAAGAUCGUGUAUCAAGAGGAGAAACUUAUAAUUUGAAACUGGUAUAACAUCCACUUGUAAAUAUAAAAGAAGCACUGAUUACUGUAAAAACUUUUAUUUAAGGCCAGUAUAGGAGAAUAUUCGCAGUAAGAGGACUUGUAAAAAUUAUUAUCAAACAUACAAUUGAUUAUAAGAUUAAUAUCGUUCCUAUUAAUUCGUGUUUUAUUCGAAUCUUCAAUAAUUGUUGAUACAGCAUAUACAAAAAUAUCAUUUUUAAUAAAAAAGAAGCAUUGAGAGUAAUGUUAAACGUCAUAUCUAAGAAUAUAUACAAUUUAUGUAUGAAGAUAAUUUAAGAGAAUAUUCUACAAUUCUAGUAUUUAAGACUAUUAUGUCAAUGCAAAUAUGUGCUAAAGCAUUACAAUUUAUUUACAAGGAAUGCUGUUGUUUGAAUUGCAUAUGUUACUUUAAAAUGAAAAUAAUAAAGAAUGUAUUAAAAAAAUAAAUGUAUUCAUAAAAGGAUUUUCCAAAUUAAAUAAAGAUCAGCUAUAAAUAUGCAGAAUUCAAAGCUUAAUAGAGAUCAUGAUUAUGGAGAAUUAAUAUUAGAAAAUCAUAAAUACACAGAUACCACCAAUCAAACGGAUAUGCUUGAAAAUAAUUUAUUAAAGACUGUUUUGAAGCCUGUAAGAACUGCUUCAACAAUAAAUAAAGAUACAUUUGGUGGACAAGUCAAAGAUAUAAAUGAAUUAAAAAAAAUAACACCUCGUGUAAAACUUUUGGCUCAUGAUGUAAAUAGUUUGAAGGAAUUAACAAAAAUUUCAUUGCAAAAUAAAUCGUUAAAACAAGAAAAAAUAUCAAUGUUUGAACAUACAAGGCAGGAGUUAAAAAAGUAUUGCAGAACUUGCGCUGGUUUAAAGCUUCCAUUAGUUGAUAUUUUCAGUGAAAAAGGUAUUCAAAUGAGGCUAAGCCAACAGAUAAAACAUUUAGAAGAAAUAAAUCCACAUGAUAGUCUAUCCACUCAAAUGUGUAUGGAUUGCAUUUGCGAUUUGAAAAUGAGUUACAAGUUUUUUAUGCAAAUUAAAAAAGCUGAAGUUAAACUGAAAUCAAUUCAUGUUACAUUAACUGAUACAGUUGCACGCAAUAUAGAAGCAGAAAAAAUGCAAUCUUUAGCUAACAAUCAAAUUAAUCAAAAGCAAGUAGAGGAGACUUACGAUUGUACUAUGGUUCCUGCAUCAACAAGCACUGAUAAUGAUGAAACUGUUCCAAAAAUAUCUGCGAUUUAUUCUUUAAAGGAUGUUCUAAACCCAAUACCUGUAGAAAAAAGAGAAAAGGAGAAUCCUGAUAUAAUACCUAAAAUUGAGUCUGACAUAUUUGAAGAUGUUACAGGUGAACAUCAUAGUGAUGAUAACGAAUCCAUAGAAGAAUUUGAUCCAGAUGAUCCACCCUUUCAACCUGAUAGCUCUGAUGUUGCAGAAUCUGACGAUGAAAUUGAAACUAGCCACGUAGAUAGAAGACGAAAUACAAAUAAGAAGGAAAAUGUAAGUAAAGCAAAUAAUCAAUCUUUUGUGUUGCAUGAUUCAUCAGGUAAUAAUUUAAUACAAAAUCAAGAUGAUACAAAUCAAGAUUCUAAUCAAACUGUCUAUAAAUAUGAUAUGGCAUUAAAGGCUUAUGUUAAAGUAGACACUGCGCAAGAUAAUAAAUUAAGUUCCAAAUUACAAAUUGGUCCCAAGAUCGAAAUUAAAGAUAACGAAUUUGGGAAAGAAACUCCAAAGCAACCAAAUAUAUUGAAGCGCAGGCUUUUACAGCAAACAAAAAAAGAAGGCUUGGGAAAUAAUGAAGAGUUAAAAUCUACUUCAACUGUAUCCGAUACUAAUGAAAGUCCAAAAGAUCCAAAAAUUCAAAAAUUAGAUAUACAAAACCCUUUAAACAUUAACGAUUCUCAAGAAGAUGGAAUUAUGUAUGUUACUGUAAAAGGUUCUAAACCAAAUGAGAUAUUAUUAGUAAAAGUUAAAAAGAUGGAUAAACCACUUGAAAAGAAAGAUGAUAAAAAUUCGAGUAAGGCAAAAGCUUUUGAUUUUAAACCAGUUGGCAAAAUUUUAAAAAAAUAUGAAACAUUAGCAACAAAGGAAAAGAAUUUGUUCACAGAACGUACAAAAAAACUGGAUAAGAGAGAACAGAUCAUAGAAGAACAAAUAGAAGAAUACAAGAAAAAACGUGAAAAAGUUUUAGGUAGUCAGUCAAGUUUAACAAUAAAAAGUGAAGAAACUCCAAAUCGAUUUAUUAAACGAGUCGAAAGUUCUGACGAUCAAAAACCAGUUGUAUACGAAGAAAAUAAUUUAAAUGUAAAAGUAGAAUCCGAUGUAGAUAGUAGUACAAUGAAUAGUACUAUUAUCAAGGAUGAAAAUAAUAUUUCAGAUGUUUCUGAUACUUUACAAGAUAAGUCAGUCCAAGAAAAAGCAUAUGUGAACACAAAGGAGUAUUUAUCGCGUUUGGCAAAACUUAAAUUAAAGUGGGAAGAAGCAAAGAAAAAGAAAGAAUACUUACAGAAAGAACUUGAUCAGUCUUAUACAGAAGGAAAUAUGGAAAAAUUAUCACGUAUUCUAGGAGAAAAAGAAAAGAAUUUGUUGGAGUUUCAAGAUUAUCUAAAGCAAAGAAAAAUCGUGAUUACCAGAUUAAAAGAUGAAGACAUCAUUUCGCUUUAUGAAGAUAGAAAUAACACAUCUCUCCAAAAAAGUUUACCAGACUUGAUCGAUGAAACAACACCAGCAGAUUAUAUACCAGAGGAACAUUAUUUGGAGUGUGAUUAUUGUCCAGAAACAUUUGCUUCGAAGGAAGUUCUUGAAGAUCACUUAAAAACGCAUGAUUUCAAAAUUAUGCAUUAUUGCGAAGACUGUAUGGAAGAAUUUCCUACAAACAAAGCAAAAAGAAAUCAUAAUGUGGUAUGUUUUAAAAAAUUAUUAUGUAAGUAUUGCGACGUAAUGUUAGAUUCAAAGGGCAAAAAAAGACAGCACGAGCAAAAACAUUGUGACAACAUGUUUGGCCAAUUAUGUGACAUUUGUGGCGAAAAAUUCAAACAUCAAGGAACGCUCGAUCAACAUGUUAAAACGCAACAUAUGAGCUGGGAAAAAAUUUAUCAAUGUCCAAAAUGUCCGAAAAAGUUUGCUUUCAAACAAAAAUUGAGCUUUCAUCUGAAAUCUGUACACACAACAUUGAGAGCUUAUUUAUGUGAAGAUUGUGGGGCAGACUUUAAAAAUCCUGCAAGUCUCAGACAUCACCGAAUUCGUAAACAUCAACCUGUAGGGAACAAAAGGGAAUGUCCAGUUUGUCAUAAACUAGUACCAUUUUAUAGUCUUUCAAAACAUAUGUAUACUCACAAAGCCUACACUAUACAAUGUCCGCAUUGCGAUAAAAUGUUUAAAAAUAGUUCAACGUUGAAACAACAUGUAAGGAUACACGAAGAUCAACGGCAAUAUCGUUGCGAUACUUGCGGCGUUGGAUUUAAUAGGAGGGAUGGAUUGAGGCUCCAUAUGAGAGUUCACGAAAAAACUGAUAGCAGAGGAUUGAAAGAAUGCUCAUGUCAAGUGUGUGGUGAGAAGUUUCCAAAUCAUUCUACGCUUGUAAUACAUAGAAAUCGCGUACACAAAGAUGGAAGGCAAUAUACAUGCCAUAUAUGCAAUAGAUCCAUGAUUUCAACGAGAUCAUUAGAAUGGCAUAUGUCUCAUAUACAUAACGAAUCACUACCUGGCAUUGUGAAAGAAGAUGUAGAUGGAUUACCAGAAAAGAGAAGAGUUGCUUGUUACCAUUGCAAUAAAACUUUCAAAACAGAGAUGAUUUUGAGAACGCAUAUAAAAAAUACUCAUAUGGAGAAAGAUCCUAUGAAGUGUUUGGAUUGUGAUAUGACAUUUACUUCUGAAGUUAGACUGAGGCAUCAUAUGAUGGUAACUCAUAAUAGGCUGGAAGGCACAUUACCGUGUCCUCAUUGUCCAAAAAGAUUUGUAAAUCAGCUUAGAUUAAAGACUCAUAUGAUAUCUCAUUCUGAAGAGAGGCCAUAUACAUGCGAAAUAUGUGGUUUCAAUUUAAAAACAAAAAUACAACUCAUCAAGCAUCAUCAAAAUAGACAUAGCGACGAAAGACCGUUACAGUGUAGAUACUGUCCUUGGAGGUGUAAGCAAGUGAGCGCGCUUGUUUGUCAUGAAAGAACUCAUACGAACGAACGACCGUAUUCGUGUAGUGUUUGUAGACAACGUUUCAAGUAUUUGGGUGAUAAGAACAAACAUGAAAGACGUCAUGAAAGUUUAGGAGGAUCUGGAUUUAAAAGAAUAGUACCUGGCAGAAAUAUCAAGCAUUCGAAAGUUCAAGAGGAGACCUCCUGUUCUGAACAAGAACAGGAAGAACUGACACAUGUAGAUGCACAACUUACGGAAGGCCAAUAUGAAGAACAAUCAAGUCAACCGUUUGAAGAAAAGUUUGUGAAAGAGCAAAUCGUAAAAUUUGAAGAACCAGAAAUUACAGAGGAAUAUGAGCAGGUCUAUGAACAGGAUUACGAAGAAACGUCGAGGGAAGCUUCCGAAGCCGCAGAAGUUAUUAUGAACAUGGAGGAUACUACUGUGUAUACAGAAGAAGUAACUGCAGACAACAUAGAAUCUGCAGAGAUAAUGGCAGAUGAAAUGAUUACAAAUGAGAUUUUACAGAGUGGGACUGUGGUACAUUUGCAACAACAAGAUGAUUCUGGAAAAAUUCAAGUUAUUCCUGUAAUGUUAUCUUUACCAGAUUUAUCUGACACAAAUACAGAAGUCAAUUUAGCGACUGCUUCUAUAAUGUAUAACAAUUAGAAAGAUUGACUAAACUAUUUGUGACUACAAGAAGAUGGUAUUUGUAAAGAAACACUUUGUGGUUCUAGAUAAAGUUGUAUUGUGCUUUCUGUCUACAAGAAAGUCACAUUCCUGUAAAAUAAAUUCAGGAUAUUUUCUAUAUAAACGUAAUUAUACAAAUAAUGACUACAUAUAGAGUGUGAUAUUUGCGUACUCUGUAACAAAAAAAAAAAAAAAAAAACGGUUUUUCACUGCUAAAGUAGCAGUUUUGUAAGGCUAUAUAUAUAAAAAUAUGUUAACGAUGUAAAAUACGAUAAAAUAAUGGCUUCAUAUUUGCAACUCAUAUUGAAACACAAGUCCAUAAAAUUUUCAAGUUAUAAGGAAAUAAAUGGAAAAAAAAUACUUUAUAGUAAAUAGAAGUAAUUAUUAUUGCUAUAUGAUACUAUGUACAAAUCUAAAAAAGAUAUAUAAGAAUGUUAAAUAUUAAUGCAAUGUUAGGUAUUCAUUUAUUCUUAAGAUCAACAGUAUCACUAAGCAUAUAUUUGUAUAUUUGAAACCUUAUUCACUUAUCAAACUUCCACUUACUUCAUUAAAAAAAGUCAUUAUGGAAUAUAGGAUUCCUUUAAAAAAUAACAUAUUUGUAAACAUAAUAGCUUUGCAAAGAAGACAUAAUAAAUCCUUUGAUAUAGGUAGUAUAUAUUUUAAAUAUACAAAUAGAUUAAGAUAAAAAGUAUGAGUUUAUAAGUUACUUUGAAAUUGCGUUAGAAUCGAGAUUUUUUAAAUAUUCUUGCCUCUGUAUAAUCAGUAUAAUUGAUUACGAUUAACUGUGUUAAUCUCUUUAUAUUAUGAUUAUUCUUUGGAAAGUAUAUUUGAAAUUUUUCAUUUUGUUAUGGAUACAAUUCUUAAAGAACAAAAAAUAAUUAUUUUUAAUUUAUUAUACGAAUAUAUUAAAAUAUCUAUCACAAUAAUAACACAAUUAUAAUAAUGUUCGCUUAUUACAAUAUUCAUUUAUAACAUUUUUUACCUUUUGUCCUAGAUAUCUAUAAUUUUGAUUUACUUGUUAGAAAAGCAGUAUUGAUCAGUUAUGUAAUGCAAAACAUAAAAUAUGCUGAUAUAAAUUCCGUAUUUUAUUUUGUCAUAUUGUUUUCAUUUUUUAUCUAACUUCGUCUGUACGUUCUCGUGGUAAUAAAAAAUAUUUUCCAUAUCAUAAAUUCUUUGUUCUGUUACUUUAGCAGCCUUUGAAAAGCCAAAUAUCAUGUGCAUGUAAUAUGUUUAUUACUUAUUUGUAUACAUUGAAUUAUUCUUAUUUGUACGUAAUUACUAUAAAAUUUUUUUUUUCUUUCCUAA